UUGUGGGGGGUCCAUGUGGUCAAUGGAGUGGUUCUCCUGCCUGACCAUGAGAACCCAACUGUCUUCAAUGCCUAUACGUGGUUCCCCUACAGUGAUGGUAACUGUGGUACCAACUUCAGUCAAAUUAAAUUAAUCGACUCUUGUUCUUUUGGUCGGAGUACCAAAGUCAAUUGGUACCCCCCUAAAAUCCCCAACCGGUUCAAUCAAUGUACCAUCAGAGUACGCAUGGUCCAAUGGCCACCAUUUGUUAUAAACAUACCAAAUGGUUCCCGGAGUGGUCCCCCACGUGGUUCCCGUGGUAUUGAAAUCAGUCUCCUUGACUUGGUCGCCGAAUUUGCAAACGUCCGCAUGUUGUACCACCAUGACCAAGUACCAGAUAAUUGGGGCAAUGUUUAUGAUAAUGGUACCAUCACUGGAAAUUUAAAGUAUUUGUACCAAGAAAUCGACGAUAUUGCUAUUGGUGCUUAUGCUAAAAACAUGAAACGAUCCCUUUUUUUUGACGAUGUUUUGUACCACCACUACGAGAAGUUAAUUUUUUGUGUUCCAUUUAAGACACUUAACUCGAAAUUGGAAAGUUUGGCCGGGAUUAUGGGUUUUGGAGCGUUGGUAUUGACCUUUGUUUUUUACCUUAUGGUUACCAUAAUGUCAUGGUUGGUGAGUCGUCAUGAUUACACCCAUUAUCAAAAAAUUGACACGUGUGCCGUUGAAACGUACCAGAUUUUACUAGGUUUGUCGGUUAGUUUGCAACCUAGAAGUACCAAAGUUAGGUUUUUCAUCGCCAUGUUGAUUAUUUAUAGUUUCUAUGUGGUUACAGCCUAUCAGACGUUACUAGUCAGUGCAUUGGCUAAUAGUAGUACCAAACAGGAAAUCAGUACCAUUGACGAAAUCCUAGCCCGUGGUUUGGAUAUUUAUGGACUUAAAACAAACACGAGGUACUUUAAUAGUGAUGGUACUAGUAGUACCACAAGUCGUACCAACGCCGCCAUCUUGAAAAACUGGAAAAAUUGUCAAAAUAUGCACAAAUGUCUCGAUUUAGUGGCAUUUAACCGAAAUGUUGCCACUUGUACCCCAAAACUUUUCACCGAAUUCAUUUUAAACAGUAACAAGACCUCAAAAAAUGACCCCCUGAUUUAUUGUUUCGAUAAUAUUAUAGUAACAUUUCCUCUUACUAUCAUGACAAGAAAAGGAUUGCAAUUUUAUCACAGAAUUAAGACUUUAGUCAACCGAAUUCUUGAAUCUGGGAUUAUACAAAAGUGGGAAAGGGAUAUUUUAAAAACACGAUUUACUGGG